AUGAAGUUCUCCGCCAUCCUCGCCUUUGCUACGGCAGCCGUCGCCGCGCCAUGGAGCACAGAGCCAUGGGGUGACCUAGAAUGCACUCCUCCAGCCUACGCCUGCAAGCCUGAUUUCACUGGUUGGCUCGUCUGCAACGUCGAUGGUUGGUUCAUUGAUGGUGGGAACUGUGACGGAAACACUUGGUGCCAGUACAUCGAUGGUCUACCUUACUGUGUCUAAAUACCAACUAUAAAAGGAGGAGCUUAGGAAUCGCAGAAUUUAUUAAUACGGCGUCAAUUCAAGAUGGAUAAUAUGCGAUGAUUGAUUCGAGUCAAUCAUGUGGUCUGAAGUUUUAACCGAGGGAUGUAUUGGGGGGUAUGAAUAAGUUAUCA